ACGUGGAAGUGCUCCUGAGCCGCUCCAAACACCAUAGAGCUGAUACCGGAAGUGACCCAUGCCUGCUCGCCAGACAAAGGAAGUUCGUAUGUUUUGCUGAGUAUCUUAUUUCCGUACACAAUAUGGCGGCAGAAUUUGUCGGGCAAUUUCAAAGCUUUUCUGAAAGCGAUAAGCAAUGGCAGGCGAGAGAAGAAUUUAUUAUUAGAAACCUGAAGCAUUUCGAGGAUGAGAGCGCUCUAGAUCGGCUGCUGGCUUUAUCCAUGGUUUGGGCUAAUCACGUGUUCAUGGGCUGCCGUUACAGCAAUGAACUUUUGGAAAAAGUCUUUAGUAUGGCAGAAGGCAUUGUAGUAGAAGAUGCUCCACAUUUUACUACAAGAGAUGAAAUAAUGAAGCAGCAGAAUCGUUAGCUGACGACAUGAAACACUCAUUCAGCUUCCUGUUCACAGAUGUCUGGCAUUUAAAGAUUUGUGUUAAAAAUCCAUAUAGAAUGCCCUUAUCAAACAAACUGACUUGGUUGUUUAGUCAAGAACAAAUAAUAUUGGCUGCCAAGCCUUUUUAACUUUUUUUUUUUCCAGCAAAAAUAAAAAUAUUGAAUUUUUUUUUUUAA